AUGAGUUCUGAGAUUCUGAGCCUGAAAGCUCUGGCAAUCUUUUGUGUAACCAUGGAUAAGUUAAAAAUUCGUGUUAUUUUCAAAUAUGAGUUCCGUUGUAGAACCAAUGUAGCGCAGACAACUCGAAAUAUCAACGAAGUGUUUGGUGAAGAUGUGGCUAAUAAACGCACAGUACAUCGAUGGUUUGAGAAGUUUCGUUCUGGCGAUUUUAAUGUUGAAAAUGAGCCAUGUGGGCGACUCGAGACCAAGGUGAAUAAUGAUGAACUGAAAGCUGUAGUGGAAGCGGAUAUAUCUCAAACUACGCGUGAAUUAGCAGCAAGGUUUAACGUUACUAUUCCAACGAUAUUGGAUCACUUGAAACAAAUCGGCAAG